AUGGCGACGGAGAAGCGCCGGCGGCGGCACUCACCGUCGGCUGCCACGCCCAACGCCACGCCGACGUCCUUCUCAAAUCCAGAAGCCGCUAUAUUGCACUCGCCUUCCCCUCCGCUGGACCUCAUCCCCGACAUCACCUCCCGCCUGACUUCCCUCGAGGACUUCUUCGCCCUGCGCGCCUCCUACCGCGCCGUCCUCCCGCCGUCCCGCGGGGCCCUCGCCUGCCAGUCCCCGCUCCUCCUCGUCGCCAUUUUCCCCUCCUUCUCCGAGGCGUUAUUCCACCUCUCGCUCCGCCGCCUCCACCGCUUCCGCCUCCCCUGGGGCCAUCACCUGCCCCCAUCCCGCCGCACCCUCCACUACGCGCACGGGUACCUCGUCACCUCCACCACCGCGUCCUCCCACUACCCCCCGGGCUCCUGCUCCUCCACCUCUUCUCCGGCGAGCAGCUCCGCCUCCCCAAGGCCCAACGUCCAGCACUGCCACCCUGGGGACGCGCUCUGGCGCGUGGCCACCGCUGAUGCGCCCCACGUUGUUGACGAUAUGCUCUUCGUCGAUGACACCCUCUACGCCCUGGUAAAUGGCCUCCGUCUUGCCACAGUCGAACUGUCUGAUAGUUUGCUGGAACUGUCGUUUCUAGGAGAGGAGGUGGAUGACGAAAGCAAGCCGGCGGGAGGACAGUUCACGCUCGGAGAGUGCGGGGCUGAUGUGUUGUUCAUCAGUCAGGAUCACACGGAGAUGAUGGUGUACCAUGUUUAUCGGUGGGUGUUUGAGGUGGGGAAGUGGGUUUCAAUCACGAGCUUAGGCGGGCGGACACUGUUUCUUGGUUUCUUCGGAUUUGCAGCCUGUAUUGGUCCAGAUUACCCAGGAAUCCGAGGGGAUUGCUUAUAUGCAGCUGGGCCGCGCUUGGGUGAAUGGCAUGAAUACUCCUUGGCUGAUGGAACUUGCGAUGUUCGCUAUGCUGAUUAUCCAGGUGCACCACCCCUGAACAACAAUUCACCUAUCAGACCUCCAGUCUGGGUCUUCCCCAGCCUGUGUUGA